AUGGUCCACCGCGCGGAGGUGGCCCUCCUUCUGAAGGGAGUCCCCUACGAGUUCAUCCAAGAAGACCUCGCAAACAAAAGCGAGCUGCUGUUGAAGCACAACCCCGUCCACAAGAAGGUCCCCGUGCUCCUCCAUGGCGACCGGCCUGCGGUAUGCGAGUCACUUGUCAUUGUUGAGUAUGUUGAUGAGGCCUUUGAUGGCCCGCCGCUCCUCCCCUCCGACCCCUUCGCCCGUGCCUCCGCCCGCUUCUGGGCUCGCUUCGUCAACGAGAAGGUGGGUAAACAUAUGUGCUGGAGGUCUGUAUGGAUGGCACUCUGGACGGACGGUCAAGUGCAAGCUUCAUCAGCGAGGGAGACGGCAGAGAACCUAAAGCUUCUUGAGGGACAGUUGCCGGAGGGGAAGAGGUUUUUCGGAGGUGAUACUAUUGGCUUCCUCGACAUAGCCAUGGGCGGGAUCGCGCGUUGGUUAGGAGUGUUUGAGGAGAUGGCCGGGGUAAGGCUGCUCACCGAGGAGGACCGCCCAUUGUUGUACAAGUGGGUGAGGGACUACAAGGCUGACGACAAUGUGAGGCAAUGCCUUCCGGAGAGGGGUCGUGUGCUUGCCGAGUUGGCGACGAGGAAGGAUCGGUAUGUGUCCAUAGCUAUGAGGAUGGCGGCAAAGAACUCCUAG